AUGCCCAGGCAUACCUACAGAGAAGAGCACCCAUUCCCCAAACGAGCCUUUGGCCGCGUCCUCGAUGACGAUCGCCCCGUCGACGACUUUGAAAACACCGUGCGCCAGCAAGAAGAACAAACAAAAGCUGCUCAGCGGGGUCCGAGCCCACCGAAUCGAGCUGCCGCCACGCACGAGUACGCCCCGCAUAUGCAACACCAACCCGGGGGUAGUGAGGGCAAGACGGCGAGCAAGUACCGGAGUGUUAGCAAGCAUUGA